AUGUCGAGUUUAGUGUUCAAGCGGCUAAGUUCGUCGGCCAUUUUGACGGGCUUGUCCAAGAGACAGCUUGUUUCUCCUAUGGCCAUUCCUUUGAUUGAGAGCGAGGCUCCUCUGCCAUUCAAGAGUCCCGAGGCUCGCAGACAACGCAAAAGACUUUUGGACAGACCGGGUCUUAUAGGUGUCAAGCGUGGUAUGACGCAGUUCUACGCCCGCGAUGGCACCCGUGUGCCUGCUACGGUUCUGGAAAUCGAUCAGCUGGAGGUCAUCUACAACAAGACUUUGGAAAAGGAGGGAUAUUAUGCUGUUCAAUUGGGAUACGGAUACAAGUUGAAGAACCAAACCAAAUCGAUGUUGGGCCAUUUCAGAAACGCCAAAGUUUCUCCCAAAGAGUGUCUUUACGAGUUCCAAGUGAAAAGCGAACAGGGGCUUCUUCCGCUUGGCACAGAACUCAAGGCUGACCAUUUCAAGCCAGGACAAAAAGUCGACAUCAUUUCCAAAUCUAAGGGUAAAGGAUUUGCCGGUGUGAUGAAGAGAUGGAACUUUUCUGGUUUACCAGCCUCCCACGGUACAUCUCUGGCACAUAGAAGUGCAGGAUCUACAGGUAUGAACACUACUCCCGCAAGAGUCUUGCCAGGAAAGAAGAUGGCCGGACAUCUUGGAGACGAGCUCAACACCAUCUUUAACCUUGAGGUUCUGGACGUGAACGCUGAGAAGGGCUAUAUUUUGGUGAAAGGGUGUGUUUCUGGCUCGAUUGGUUCGUACGUGCGGAUCAGAGACGCUUUGAAAGAAUACGGAUCGCACAUCUUACAGGAUAAAAAGACCGGCAAAUAA